AUGCUGAUUAUUCUACUAACCGUUCUGAUCGGCGGCCUCAUCAUAUUGGCGGUUACCGGUUGGACCCUCGGAUUGAGACAACUCUAUGUCGACAGCUUGAUUCGGAUAUUUGAGGUCAGUUUUUCCAUGUUUUUAGAUUGGCGGCUUGAGAAUUUUCACCCGUCUCUUCUUUUUUUCAACUUCAAGCUGGAUAUUUAGAAAUUUUAAGCUUUCCAGGUUCAUGAGCGCUAAGCGACUUGCUUUUUAUUAGCUGAUUAGACCUUUAUUAUAUUCCAAAAACUUGUGAUCAUUGAAUCAAAUCUCUUUUUAAUCAUUGAAAAAAAUCGUUAAAUCUUCAAAAAAAAAUUUUUUCUCUUUUUGAAAUUGAGGAAUUUUAGUGGGGAUCCACUCUUUCCGGAACCGACGAAGAAGAAGAAGACGGAGAGGAAGAAGAGGAACCCAAAGAAGACGAACAUCUCAAGAAACGAAAGCCAAGAAGAUCUUCAUCUUCUUCUGAUUUAGGUAUUUCUCAUAUUUUUUAAUCGAAUGCUUCAUUUUUUUUUGAUUUCAGGAAUAAUCGCUCGAGAAAAGUCAGAAGUGAUCGAUGCAAAGCUGCACUCGACGGAGGAGCCGACUUCCAAAAAAACAACUGUCAGCGUCGUUGUCGAUGAUACUUUGGACUUUAUCACGGUUGGUUUUUCGAAGUUUUUGAACUAUUGAUGAAGAUCUUUCAAGCUUUCAUGGUAAUCAUAUUAGAAAAAAAUUGAUUAUAAACAUUUUGAUAUUUUUUUGAUAGGAUUCUAAUUAUUUGAAAUUUUUUUAUGAUUUAUCCGUUUUUUUUGAUUUCUUGAAUUUUUUUAUGAGCGCAUUAAAUUGGAAAUAAAAAAACGAAAAAAAUAGAAUAAUAACUUUGAUCUAAACUCAGGGGACCUCACAGCACGUUUUCAAAAAAAUCAUUUAAAAAAAUUUUUGACUAUUCCCUCGAAAAAAAGCUGUUCAAAAAGCGCACACAAUGAAAAAAAUUUUAUUAUUAACUUUUUACAGCUUUUUGAAACAGUUCACAAAGGAAAUUCAUUACUUUACCAAAUUUUAGGCUGGAAUCGAAGCCGUUAUCGACGACCAAGUGACGAGCCGCUUCUCAGCCGCUCAACUCCCAUCUUGGAACCUUUUGUCCAGAACCAAACUUUCUUUUCAUUAUGUCAAGUAAGCGAAUAAGUCUUUCAAACUUCAUUUUACUUCAUUUAAUUCUAGUUGGCAACUCGCGCUCCUCUGGGUUGCCGGCUUUCUGUUCCGCUACUUGAUUCUGAUGCCAGCGAGAGUUGCUCUAUUCGCCAUCGCCAUUUUCCUCAUGUGCAGUACAACUACAAUUAUUGGAUACAUCCCUAACAAGCCGUGAGUAGGUUUCUAUACCUUUUGAUGGAGGUUUUGUGGGAAAAAAAAUUGAAUCAAAAUUUCUCACAUUACUGUUUCAGAAUCCGCAAAUAUCUCAACCGACGGGCAAUGCUCAUGAGCAUGAGGAUAUUCUCAAGAGCUUUUAGCAGUGUCAUUCGCUUUCACGACAAGUUGGUUGAUUCUUUUCUUUACACUUGGAAUAAAACUAAUCUAAAAAUUUAUUUGAUAAAUUCUCAAGGAUUAUUUUUUAGAAAUUCGAUUUCGCGCAAGUUUUUCCUUCAUUCAGGAAACAUUUAUUGUAGCAAAAUGCUUUUUGUAUACUUGGUAGUCUUUAAGCUUUGAGCCAUUUUUUUUAUUUUUUUCCGGUGAUCAGCGGCAUUCAGUUUAAAGAAAGUUGGGUAUUUUUUUAUCUUUCCUAAACUUCUAAAAAAAUAAUCCAGGUUGAAGCCUAUACUUUUCCAUUCAUUUUGAGAGAAAACCGAGCCAACAAAGGUGGAAUUUGCGUCGCCAACCACACAUCUCCCAUUGAUGUCAUGGUUCUUUCGUGCGACAAUUGCUAUGCAAUGAUUGGACAACGCCAAGGAGGAUUCCUAGGUUUCUUUGCUAAUAUCAUACAGAAGAAAAAUUCUCUCAGGUUUCCUCCAAACCGCCCUCAGUCGCGCUGAACAUCACAUUUGGUUUGAGAGAAGCGAAUCUGGGGAUCGCAAAAAAGUCGUUGAACGGUUAGUUUUUUUUAAAACGAUUGUCGAUAUUUUCCCAUGUUUCUGAUAUUCUCAGCUCGCUUAAAUGUUACUAAGCUUCUUACAAGAUUUUCUUUCUCGAAAAACUUCCUUUUAUAAUGCUUCCGAUGCCGUCAGAAGCUUGUUUUUUUUCCAAAAAUUUUUUUAUUUCGGAAAAUUCUCGUUCCCAUGCCCUGAUGAUCUUAGCAGGCUUAGAUGUUGCUUAUCUCCCUUCUCGCACUUCAAACUACUUUUUACUAUAAUAAUUUUAAUCAUCUGGUGGGAAAGCGUUUUCAGCAUGCGUGAGCACGUCAAUGAUGAGACGAAACUGCCAAUUAUCAUCUUCCCAGAAGGAACUUGCAUCAACAACACUUCCGUCAUGAUGUUUAAAAAAGGAUCUUUCGAGGUUGGAACUUUGAUCAAACUUUUUUCGGGCUUAAAAAAUGGUUUAUUAUCGGAAAAAUUCAAAACGAGGUAAUGUAGAGCUUGAAAACAACAAACAAAUUUUUUCAAAGCUUCACCGGAGAUUCAUGAGGACUGGAAUGAGAGAUUUAACAAAAAAAUAAUUUAUAUUUUCAAAUUUUUUUAUAGUUCAUUCACAACAUUUUCAUGAGGGUUUUUCUUAACGGAUCACUCUGAAGAGAGCUUUUCGUCUUCAAAAAUCACAUUCAGCGUCACAUUGACAUGUUUUCAAAUAGAGAUUACAACUAA